AUGGCGCGCUCUACGACCAACCUCGGGAUAACUCCUCCAGCAGAGAAUGAGGCCGUUAUCCUGUUCAAUUAUGGUACGCCGGCUAGGAUCGAUAAGUCUAAUCACCGCAACAACAACAUAUAUACGAAUGAGAACAUUCCAUCAAGAAUGGGUAGUACGGAUAGACCACAUGAUGGUGCCAACACCUCCACCGUGGACAAGCGGGAAACUCCUGAACUGCGUCAGGCUGGCGGCUUGUCAGGCGCCUACGAUCACAGACACCUAAAUGGAAGCCUUGCUACUGGCUGGGCUAGAGAUUCACCGACCGACGACAGAUCUGACACACCAGACACCAACCAUUUCGAUGUCAGCAGCGAAACGACGGGAGCUGAGCCUCUCGAGCGCGAAGAUUCAAGUACCACAGGUACCACAGAUGCGUGCUUCCUUUACAACAAUACCGUUGACAGUACCGAGGACGAAGAAGGCGGUUUGGGAAAGAUGACUACCCGCGAAUACAGCGAGUUCAUCAACUGGAGGGUAGCGUCGCUGAUGUCGCCUGAAACCAGCGGCCCAGAACCUAUUACCGAAACAGAAGCACAAAACUUGGAAGAUUCAUCGAAUCACGACUUAGAUCCUGUCGCAUCAAAAAGACAUGACAUCACCGACGACACAGAAGACGACGAGAAUUUCAGCGUCGAGGAAUACACCGGCGAAGACGAAGGCGACGACUGGCUCCUCGAUUCGUUGACUGAAGAAGACUUGGAGUACUUCACUGUGGAAGAUUUUCGAGAGAUCUAUUCUGCUAGGGAAGAUCAUCUCAGUCAAAAGACAGAAACACUGCUUCUGCAGGGUUUUCCGCCUCCGCGCAAGCAGCCCUCAUCGCGCCGGCACAGAGAACCAAAGACACCGAAGUGGAAAGACCAUAGUCUGGCCGACGAAGACGGUUUCUUGAGCACUCGGCAAAGAAAACGCCAGGAAGAGGGACGCAGGUUACGGGGGCAGUGCAACUGGUUGCGCGUACCUUCUUUGGCAGUCAGCACUGACUCAUCGGUACCUGACCUGAUAAUGACGAGCCCGGAAGGAAGAUCAUACUCCUUGCAUGACCCCAUGGACUAUGAAUGA